AAUUACGUCACUGAUGUAACCAUAAAAACAUAUGAUGUUGAUUAUAAAUAUUGUCCAUUUGUAUUUGUUUAUGAAGUACGAGUAGUUAUUCUUACGAUCACACUCAGUUGAAGUCCACAAUUAAGAAGAUGACAGCCAGGAUUUCACAAAGGAGUUUCGACAUACUCAUGUCGGAAUUAGACCUCAACAUUGACCGUCUUUACACUGGAAAUACAUACCAAAACGCCGUUAGUAAGGUUUUGAGUAAGCGUUGGUCUUGUCCGAGGAUAUACUUCAACCCACGGGAUAACCCACACCUUAAGGCGAGACAGGUAACACGAUCAAAGAAGUCCAAGGCGGAUGGAGAGAAGAAAACCAAUAAAUAUGUGAGGGAAACGCUGAAUAAAGACUACACCGUUGCCCACCGGAGAAACUGGUUCGACCGAGUGGCAGAUAACUCAACAACGAGACAUGUUUCAACAAUACCUGUGAUAAAAAUGUCUCGGAAUCGAAGCGCAAAUAUCACAGUCAACUCGUAUUAAUGAGUUCAUAAUUACCCAUCGACAAAAUGAUCAUGAACAUGUUAUACAAUGUACUUCGAGCAUUUUAAUCAUUUAUAAUUUUAUAAAUAUAAUCGAUAAAGGUUUUGGCAACAAGUUGUGAGUCUUAAGCCUAAAGAGGAGACAUUUAAAUGUAUGUAGUAUUGACAUGACAGAAAAAUAGAUAUAGAGUACGUAGUUAAGUAUAACCCUCGAUACAUGGCUCAAAUAUUGCUAUUUACAAAGUUACCGCAGUUACUGAAUAAAUCUGAAUGCUCAAUAAAAUUACACAAUCGUUCAUUGUAUCAUGACCAGAUAUUGUAGAAAUAUUUGGGUCCGAAAGUUGCUGGCCAGUAACCUGGAAAAUUGACCACCCUAUUGCUCUUCCGAAUCCAAGUCUGUUUUCACUUCAUUUUCCAGGUGCUUGACAAGUUUUACUAUGUUACUAUGGAAACGGGCGAUUUAAACAUCUCUGCCUCAAAAUCUCAAUCAAGUACUGAUGACAAGAUAUAUAUAUAUAUAUUAUAUAUGGACAAUUACUUUCCA